AUGUAUAGAAAUAAAAUAAUACAAAUAUGUAUUAUAUACAUACUAUACAUUAUUUUACUCUCGUCAAUCAAUUGUACAAAAAUUAAUAAAAAAAACAUUGCCAAUAUCAAUACUUAUAGCAUAAGACGCCCAAACAAGUCUAUAACCAAAUUACAUAAACAAAAGAAAGAAAAAAAAAAAUUAUUCAUAAAAAAUUAUCAACUAAAAAAUAAAAACCGAAUAAAUUAUUUAAAAACCAUUUUUGAUAACAUAACAGGAAACCAAUUUCCUCAAAAUUCAGAUAUAGAUAGUUAUAAUUUAACUCCCAAAUUAAAAAAAACAGUUCAGUUUUUUCAAUCACUGUCCAAUAAUCCAUAUAAUAAAAGUCAGGAGGUCAUAUUAAUGGGAAAGAAAUGCCCACCCAUGCCAAAUGAAUUGAAAACAAGGGAAAAUCAAGUUCUGGGAUGUCAAUCAACGGUGUAUAUAUAUCCAAAAGUGAGAUUAGAGGAUAAUAAAAAAAUUAUUGACUGGUUAGGAUAUUCAGAUGGACUUUUAACAAAAGGAAUUGUUUAUAUUUUAAUUGAUGGUUUGAGUGGAUAUACCCCUGAAGAAAUAUUAAAAGUAAAUCCCAAUUUUAUUUCCUUAACUGGGAUUUCAGAUUUUUUAACAAUGAGCAGAAUAAAUGGAUAUUUAAAUAUUAUGAAUAAAAUAAAAAUAUUUUCCGAGCAAAUUAUUAAAAAUAUAGAAUACUAA